CUCUUACUUGAAAGAGGUGGCAACAACACAAUAUGGAUGUUCAUCCUUGAAUGUUUGCUUGAGUUGUAUUACUGGUGUCCAAAGACAACUAUUGCUCAAAAGUAUUGCAGAAAAAUCUGAUUUUUUAGCCAAUGAUCCUUAUGGGAAUUAUAUUGUCCAGGAAGUUCUGAUGCUUAGAAACGAUGAGAUCACAAAGAAAAUAUGUGACCGUCUCAAGAGGGAUUACUUACACUUAGCUUUUAAAAAAAGUGGAAGUCGUGUUGUUGAAAAAUGCAUAGAAGCAUCAGAGUAUGGACUGGAUUCGGUAAUUGAGAGCCUUCUUAGCAGUGAAAAGAGUUUGGUGUUACUUGCCCGCAAUCGAUUUGGAAAUUAUGUUAUCCAAACUGCUCUUCAGAUCGCAAAGGUAAGUAAUACCAAGCAUUAUGAAUCUCUUGUUACUAUCCUUAUGGCGCAACGCAUGACUCUUUCUCAUACCAAAGUUGGGAAGCUUGUAUUAAAUUAUGUAGAAGAUUUGUAAAACAAUGUGAAAAAUGUUUGAUCUGAUUUUUCAUCAAUUCAUUCUUAUUGAAAUGCAAG